UUCUAUCAAAUAAAAAUCGGCCAGGAGACUUUAAUUUUUUACUGUGACAAUCUUUACAAUAAACAAAUACACAUUGAUCGAUCAGCUUCUACUCGAACUCAGCACUGCCUUUGUGGAACAGAGGAUCUAGGAGGAGAUGAAAAUCUUUAUCUUUUUUGUUGCUCUGUUUUGCUGUGCACUCAGUCAGUGCCCCACCUCUUCUCAUAUCCCAUCCGGGUGCAAUUACAACUGCUCUGAUUCUCGUCUCACCUGCAGUGGUACCUUCCCUGCUACCUCAAGUCAACUCACCAUCACGCAAUGUUCUGACCCUCUGUCCCUCUCUCUGGUAGUGAGUACAGAGAGUCCAUUGACUCAGGAGUAUCUUGUCGGAGGUGCUGAUGUUAUAUCAACAUGUAACAAUGUUGGGGGUCUGCAGAUAACAGCAACGUACAGCAGAAACACCACUCACCUUACAUUUAUGGCGACGGGUGUCUAUCAAGUAGACAUUGCUGUUAUAAUAAUUCCAUCCGUUACCCUGCCUCUCACACCACAUUUGUGCAUGUGUCAGUCGAUGGAAACUGUUGCCAACAAUUUUCAGUUCCAGCUGCCAAUUCAAACUUUGAGCUACAACUGCACUCGAGACGAGGCAUGCUCUUCUGUACGAUGCACAUUCCAAGACAAUUCUGAUCAGCCAAUUAUUUUCACUUUUGAUCCCUGUGCAGAGACAAUAUUAAUGUCUGGUGCUAACCCGACAACAGGGGGUAGUGAGAAUGCUUUAUUCAAUCAGACUGAGGAUAGGAAUUUUGUGGAGGGACAGUACCCGUUUACUGUGCAUAUGGACCUUAACAACAGCAACUACUCACUGUAUUUCAGCGCUUCAGUGACCUCGUUAACGUUUGGCAUCCAAGUUACUCUGUUUCAGCCAACUCAAGUGUUACUUGAUCGUAGCAACUGUGGUAAUGACUUGGUCUACUACCCUGGCUCCAGCACACUAGUCAGCAUUUGUACCACAGAGGGAGGAACAGGAGGGCCUGGAGUGACAACACUACCUGACACACACCCAACCACCCCUGGAGGGGGGACAACACUACCUGGUACACACCCAACCACCCCUAGAGUGACAACACCACCUGAUCUCUCGUCCUGCCCCCACAUUGCUCUUCCAUCCGUCUGUCAGCCAUUGAGCAACUGUUCUGAACUUAAGUGCUCCAACCACUUCGCUAAUGCUGUCAUGGUGAUUGACAAGUGUUCGGACCCACUAAGAGUGGAUCUAUCGAUCAGUACAAGUGAUUCGUCGAAUUUUCUGCUCAGAGCUACUUACUUUGUCGGUGGACCCGAGCCAACGUACCAUAGCGAAGGAGAUUUUAGUAUUUAUACUAAUAGGAAUACUACACAUCUCAACAUAAGUGUAACAGGCAUUUUCGAGGGUGAUAUAGCUGUUGUGAUUAUUCCUAACAUUGAAUUCCCCCUCGACCCCCACUCGUGCAUGUGUCAGUCUAUGGACAAAGUGGCUUCCAACUUUAAGUUUUCACCAGCAUUGCAACAACAGUUGUCAGUAACAUGCACCACUGACCAGAACUGCUCGUCAAUUAACUGUAUAUUUGCUCAAGCUGCUGAUUCACCUAUCACCUUUUUGUUUCUUCCGUGCCAAGAAGCCGUAGCUUUCACAGGGUCAGACAAUAACGUUGCAGAGAAAGAUUUCUUUGAUCGAAACGAGACCAGAAGUUUCUCAGAGGGCAGUAUUAACUAUACUGUUGACGUUGUAUUCGUUAAUCACAAUUACUCUAUGGAUUUUCAGAUGACUUUCACUGUUCAAAAAUUAUAUUCUUUCACGCCAAUUCCCAUGACUCGGAUCAGUCUUGAUAGGAGCAGCUGCAACCCUGACAACCUUACAUAUUAUUAUGAAUAUCGCACUGCAGUGACUGAUCAGCCCUCUCUACCAGUGACUGCCAUUGCUGUGUCUGUGUCCCUACUUUUGCUUGGCAGUGUGGUUGUCAUGGUGAUAGCCAUCCUCUGUGUGGGUAUAUACUUUAAGAAACGCAAGCAGAGAGCUGAGGUGUAUUCUUUCAGUCAGCUCACUGAUGAUGACGAUGACGACGAACCUUUAGCCUGAAAAGCAAAACACGUUUUUUAUUACACUUACAGACAAUCAUAUAUUUUUGCUUCAUUCAUUAUAAUAAUACCAGGAGUACAUGAAUAUUCAUGUACUCCUGAUAAUACCCAGUUAGUUGUACAUGUGUCUAUGUUAUUGUGUCAGGAG